AUACACGAACAUGUGAAAACUGCAAAGACAUUCUUGAGGAAUUGGAGAAAAUUGACGAUGAUGCCAACAAGUACGGGGUAGAGUUUGUUAAAAACUCUGAACGUGCUGCUUCCAAAAAGUAUGGCAUCGACAAGUUUCCAACACUGGUUUACUUUCGCCAUGGUGAUCCGACAACAUAUGAGGGCAACUUGAUGAACGAAGAGGAAGUUCUUGAGUGGCUGACUUCAGUUGAGUCAAUGGAUUUGCCGGAUCGUAUUGAAGAAGUGAAUGCUAAAAUAUUGCAAAACUACAUCGAUGAACAUGAUUUUGUAGCGAGUGAAAAGGUAUUGCAAAAACUGGAAGAAAUUGACGAUGAUGCCGAUGAGAAAGAUGUUGGUUUUGUCAAAAUUUCUGAUGAAAUUCUGGCCUACGAGUAUGGACUUGAAGAUUUGCCAUCUUUAGUGUACUACCGCAAAAAGAUUCCUAUUGUGUACUCAGGUGACUUGGAAAAUGAAAAGAAAGUUCUCGACUGGCUGCUCGAGUUUCGCGACACUGUCGAUGAUCCGGAUGAGUACGUUGAGGACUCUGAUGAAAUUGAAGAUGUCAGCGCAAGUGUUUUGGCAAAACUAAUUGAAGAGACCGACUCACUGGCUGUUCUUUUUUAUGAUGACAAAGAUGCCGACAGCAUGGAAGUUCUUGCUGAGUUGGAAAACAUUGACGACGAAUGCGAUCAACAUGGCAUUGCAUUUGUCAAAAUUGACGAUAUUGAGGUGUCAAAACGAUUCGGAAUUGAGUACGAAGAGCUGCCUACUUUGGUUUAUUUUGAAGAAAAAAUUCCCAACUUUUAUCAAGGUGACUUGAUGAAAGAGGAAGACGUUCUUGAAUGGCUAAUUCACCAAAAGAACACCGAUGAAAUUGAAGAUGUUUCAGACGCUGUUCUGGAGAACAUGAUCGACUCAACCAACUACCUGGCUGUACUUUUCUAUGAUCGCAACUCAAAACUGUGCCAAGAAACCCUUAAAGAGCUAGAAAACAUUGACGACGAAUGUGACGAUAAAGGCAUUGCUUUUGUCAAAAUUGACGAUCCUGAGCUGGCAAAAACGUACGGCCUUCAUGAUGAGCUGCCUGCUCUGGUGUACUUUGAGAAUCGAAUUCCAUCAGUUUAUCAGGGUGACCUAAAGAAUGAAGAACAGGUACUGGAGUGGCUCAUUCAGCAAACCACCUCCGAUGAAAUUGAAGAAGUAAGCCACGAGCUGCUCACUGUUUUGGUGCAGAAGACCAACCAACUUGCAGCGCUCAUCUACAAGCCAAAAGACAAACAGAGUGAAAAAGUGCUGAAAGAGCUGGAACACAUCGACGACGAGUGCGACGAGAAGGGCAUCGUCUUUGUGAAAACCGAUGACCUAGAGGCGGCGGAGAAGUACGGCAUUCGGAAGCUACCGGUGCUCCUCUUCUUCAAGUACCAAGUGCCGGUCACCUACUCGGGCGACCUCACCGACGAGGACCGCGUUCUGGAGUGGCUGCUCGGCCAGCAGGAGUCCGACCAGAUUGAGCAGGUCAACUCGCGGACACUGCGCGGCCUCAUUGAGACCUCGCCCUCGCUGGCCGUGCUCUUCUACGACGACAGCAGCGCCUCGACAAAGGCCCUCAAAGACCUGGAGACGAUUGACGACGAUGCCGACCGCUACGGAAUUCCCUUCGUGAAGAUCGAGGACGCCUCAGUGGCGAAGGAGUACGGUCUGGCGGAUGAGCUGCCGGUGUUGGUGUACUUUGAGAACCGCCUGCCCACCGUCUACGAGGGCGAGCUGACGGACGAGGAUGAGGCGCUGGCCUGGCUGGUCAAGCAGCGCACCGAGGACACCAUCGAGGAGGUGACCGAGGAGAUCCUCGAGGACCUGCUCAAGGAGCGGGAGUACGUGCUGGUGUACUUUGCCCCGAACGACUGCAAGGAGUGCGAGAACAUCCUCCACAACACGCUGGAGCACAUCGACGACGACACCGAUGAGCACGGCAUCCUUUUCGUCACCACCGACGACCUCGCCUUCCUGCAGAAACAGAAGAUUAAGGUAGACAAGUUUCCGGUGUUGAUUCUCUUUCGCAACCAGGAACCAAUCAUCUACAAGGGCAACUUGAAGGACAGCAAUCAGAUUCUGCACUGGCUCACCGACGACGACACCCUUGACGACCCGGAUGAGAUUGAGGAGGUGAACGAGCGGAUGCUCGACAAAAUACUCGACCGGUCGCCGUACGUGGCGGUCCUUUUUACCAAGGAGAAGUGCUCAGAGUGCGACAAGGUCCUGGAGAAGCUGGAGGAGAUCGACGAUGAGGCGGAGCAGGCGUCGAUUGACUUUGUCCGCGUCAAAGACGUUCGUCUCGCCAAGGAGUACAACAUUGUCUCCUUUCCGGCGUUGGUCUUCUUCCGAAGGCGCAUUCCCGUUUUCUUCGAUGACGGCUCGCUGAAAGACGCUGAGAAGGUGCUCAAGUGGCUGAUCAGUCAAAAGGACACUCACGAAGACGUCAUUGAGGCGGUGGACCGGCACAUGCUCAAUGUUCUUCUCGAUGACGUUGACCAUAUUGUCGUCUUCUUCUACGAUGACGCUGAGUGCGAUGCAGAGACAAAACGCCGUCUAAAGCUGAAACAGACAAAGGAAGCAAAGAAGGAGAAGAAGGACGGAAAGGAGAGUGAUGCAGCGAAGAAGAAGGACGCUGAUGAUGAUGGCGAUGAUGAUGAGGACAUUUGCGACCGGAUUCUCCACGAGCUGGAGAAGAUUGAUGAUGAGACGGAUCAAGAGGGCAUUCACUUUGUUAAAAUCGACGACGCCGAGUACGCACACGAGUUGGGAAUUUCUCAGCUUCCGGCGCUGGUGUACUUUGAGGAGAAGAUGCCCUCACUGUACGACGGCGACCUGCUCGAGGAGGAGGAGGUACUCGACUGGCUGAUCAAGCAGAAGAACGAAGACACCAUUGAAAAUGUCAAUCGGGAGAUUCUCUUCCGCAUGAUCGCCGAACGGGAGUACCUGGCCGUCUUCUUCUACAAACCGGACGAUGAUGAGAGUGCAGAGAUCGCCGAGCACCUGGAGAAGAUUGACGACGACUGCGGCGACUACGACGUCGGUCUGGUGAAGUGCAGCGACCAGCUGAUUGCGAAGAAGUACGGCGUGCGAAACCCGCCCGGGCUGGUGUACUUCCGGCGCGGAAAGCACAUCCGCUACGAGGGCAACCUUUUCGAUGAGGACGAGGUGCUGGAGUGGCUGACCAGCGGCGAAAACAUGGAGAUGUCCGACGCCAUUGAGAAGGUCAACCGGCGCAUGUUUGAGCGCAUGCUCGAACGCACCAACUACCUGGCGGUGCUCUUCUACAGUAAGGUGGAGUGCAAGAACUGCGACAAGGUCAUGGAAGAGCUGGAGAAGGCAAGUCCAUUCAAGUGA